UGUGUCAGAGCUGAGACGAGCGCUAGCGGAGGCAGCAGUGGCGCAUCUCACAUAUCCGCCGCUGGAAUAUAACGGCUGCUGUAGGAUGUGAACGGGUCUCGGCCUCGUCACCGGCCAAAGCUUCUGUUCUCACAUGACAAGCAGAUGCGAGAAGAGAGCGAGCGCGCGCGAGGGUGAACGGUGCAGGGGAGCGGAGAGAUCCUCGGUAUUAUUAUGAGAAAAGAGGACGGGGUUGUCGGAGCCGUAUUUGUUUUGCUCGCGGAGAUGAGGCGGGGGGUAGCGAGUCGCUACAAAAUCGUUGGGCUCCGGCCAAGCAUUACUCUGUUUUAGCACAUAUAUACCGCCGCGCUUGCGUUCUCAUCGACAACCGACUCGUUUGAUCGCUACGGUUUGCAUCGCAGAAAAAUAAUGCAGCUGUCUCGGGGACAUCUGUGAGAUUUGCGGACUGCUGUUGCCGCUGCCAUGACAGACGCAGGCUUUAUCGAGCAGGCGGUGUGAGAGAAGCACGGCCCCAGCUGCAGCAGCGCGGCCGAUGUGGGCUGCGUUUACCGGGGGAGAUUAAAUCUGUAAAUACUGUUCGCGUUAUUCCUCUUUAAUCGUGUGCAAUCUCAGGGAAAAUGUCCUCUCGGUCUGCUUUACCGUCUGCGAACGACCGGAGCACAGAUCAUCAUGCGUCUCUGGUGGCAAGUCGUUCAGAGAAAGGGACGAAUGUCUCGAGUCGUUCGCUGGGUGCGAGAUGUCGUAACUCCAUGGCCUCAUGCUCAGAUGAGCUGCCACACAUCGGAAACUACCGGCUCCUUAAAACCAUCGGCAAGGGCAACUUUGCUAAAGUCAAACUAGCCCGCCACAUCCUCACGGGCAAAGAGGUUGCAAUAAAGAUUAUCGACAAGACUCAGUUGAACCCAACCAGCCUACAAAAGCUGUUCAGAGAGGUGCGGAUCAUGAAGACUCUCCGUCACCCCAACAUUGUCCAACUAUUUGAGGUUAUUGAGACAGAGAAGACGCUUUAUCUUGUGAUGGAAUAUGCAAGUGGAGGUGAGGUGUUUGAUUAUCUGGUGUCUCAUGGAAGAAUGAAAGAAAUAGAGGCUAGAGCCAAAUUCAGACAGAUUGUGUCAGCUGUUCAUUACUGUCAUCAGAAGAAUAUAGUCCACAGAGAUCUGAAGGCAGAGAAUUUGCUAUUGGAUGCAGAUGCUAACAUAAAGAUUGCAGACUUUGGCUUUAGUAACGAGUUUACGUUGGGGAAUAAGUUGGACACCUUCUGCGGUUCCCCACCUUACGCAGCUCCAGAGUUGUUUCAAGGCAAAAAGUAUGACGGGCCAGAGGUGGACAUCUGGAGCCUGGGGGUCAUCCUGUACACGCUGGUCAGCGGGUCACUUCCUUUUGAUGGACAGAACCUCAAGGAGCUGCGUGAGCGAGUGUUGAGGGGGAAGUACCGUGUGCCCUUCUACAUGUCCACAGACUGUGAGGGGAUUCUGCGCAGGUUUCUUGUGCUCAAUCCCAGCAAACGUUGCACUCUAGAGCAAGUGAUGAAGGAUAAGUGGAUGAAUGCAGGGUAUGAGGGCGAUGAGCUAAAGCCCCACGUUGAGCCAGCGGAGGACUACAGUGACCCCAACCGCAUUGAGAUUAUGGUUGGGAUGGGUUUUACUACAGAAGAGAUUAAAGACUCUUUACUCAAUCAGAAAUAUAAUGAAGUUACAGCUACAUAUCUAUUGUUGGGCCUGAAGACUGAGGAUGGCGCUGAGUCACGAGUUAGUGGCAGUAUGACUUUGCCGCGGGUGCGUCCGAGCCCAAUUACCAACGGAACCAACAAACACUCCUCUUCUUCUUCAUCUUCCUCAUCCUCACACAGCAAGACUCAGCGCAGCGCUUCUACCUACCACCGCCAGCGACGGCACAGUGACUUCUGUGGUCCCAGCAUGCCUGUGAUGCACCCUAAGCGUAGCCCGACCAGCGGCGGAGACCGUGAGCUGCGUGAGAGCCGCAUGCCGCCGAGGAAGGCCAGCUGUAGCGUAAUGGGCAGUCGGACCCUACCACCGUCUAGUCCAAUGGUCAGCACCGCCAACAACCCCAAUAAGGCUGAAAUACCUGAUCGACGCAAAGAGAUGACCGCCACCACUAACAAUAUCCCAGGAAGUACUAUGACCCGCAGAAACACGUAUGUAUGUACAGAUCGUACCAGCACUGACCGACACUCGCUGCUGCAGAACGGCAAAGACAACAGCUCCCUGUCUCACCGCCUCCCUCCCACCUCUCCCUCCACUCUCAGUAUUGUUGGAGCGGGAGCAUCCUCCUCCUCUUCCUCAGGUGAGCGCUGUCGGCUGACACGUGGAUCCACCAUCCGGAGCACCUUCCACGGGGGUCAGCUCCGUGACCGUGUCCCGCCCACCUAUGGACCUCCGCCCACGUCGCCCACCCUCAGCCAUGACGCUGGAGCCCUGCCGCCCAACGUCCGCAGCCGGGCCACUUCUAACCUGUUCAGCAAACUCACCUCCAAACUCACACGCAGGGUCACAAAUGAAUCUGAGGGAGUCAGCAGAUCUGCGGUCACAGGUGGCCAUUUAUCUGGGGAUCAGAAAGCGUCCGAGCCCUGGAGCGGGGGAGGGGGGUGGGAUGUAAGGGGUCGUCUCUCCCGUCCCCCCCGGGCCCCUGCAGAAGUGGUACUGGCCUUGCGUGAGGCGGCGAGGGGAUGCGGCUGCCAGGUCCGGCACGCUGGCCCGUUUCUGCUUUGCUGCAGUCAUGGGGCGGCAGGGUCAAAGGUCGCUUUCCAAGCUGAGGUGUGCCAGCUGAGUGUGGGUCCCGCAGAGGCAAACGGAGUACGCUACACACGCCUGUGGGGGGCCCCCCUCGCCUUCAGGCACAUCGCAUCACAGAUCUCUAAAGAGGUGGAGCUCUGAGGGGACGGGGGAGGAGACUUGACUCGGAGACGUCCCCUCACUAUAUCCGUCGUUACAGCGAACUGACGUUGACCCACCCACUUAUGUGUUAUAGACUUAAAACAACAUCUGAUCCCUCCUCCAGUCAACACUCAACACGCACCGAAACGAAACGUACAUACAUACACGUAAACACAAACAAUCACCUUAAAAGCACGGGACACUCAACCCUGACAAUAUGGAAAUCUAAAGUACAAAAACAAGCACACCCCUUCCAUGCACAACAUAAACCUGAGCGCUUCUUAACAUGGAUACACACACACACACACACACACUCUGAGCAGCCUCAUUCACUGAAUCUGGAUUGAAUCCAGUUUAGUAUUUUUAUUCUCAUUCUAGUCAUGAAAUUCUUACUUCAAUAAUUGAUGUCAUUCUUUUUUUUAACCACUUUUGUAUGUUUUCGACAAGUCUUGACAUUUUAAACGGGUCAUCAUUUUUAUGUUUUUGUGAUUUAAUGUGUCUUACAUUUCUUAAUACUGAGUCAUUGACAAUGUAGGACUGUAGCUGCCAAUGAACUAUAUGCACAAAUGUGAAGUUGGCAAACUUAUCCUAACAUCAUAGCUUCACCGUGCCCACCCAAAUCUACAUCGCUGGCGACCGCAAAUUUGAUCUGGCUGCAAGCCAACCAUCCACGCUUUGUUUUUUUUAGAUCGUCCAGGCUAAAGCUUGUUCCCUAGAAAAUGUUUUUCUGAUGUAUAGUGCCAGUUUACUUGCUUCCUACCAAUUUUAAUUUAGAAGAGACAUUUAAUGCCAAAUGACUUUCCCUGACCCCUCGCGAACAGGCUCUGUGAUUGGUUGAUUCUAGAUAUUAAUCCUUUAUUUCGACUCCUAUUCAGUGAUCCUUUGCAAAUAGAGUCCACUCUCCCUUCACCUGGUCAGAGUGGAGUUGAGGUUACCGCAAAGGUGGUUUUAGUGUUCGGUGUUAUUAAAGACACAUUUCCUGCAUUGUAGAUAUCUGAAUAAUUUGGAUAAUUGGAAAAUUAUUUAAUUACAAAUAAUAAAUAACAAUUCUCCAUUUCCAGUAUUACAAAUGAAUAGAAAAGUGUUUUUCAUUCAGAUUUAUCACUAUAUUGGUGUUUAAAAAGUCUCUUAACUAAUCAGAUUUUACUUCAAAAGCCCCAGAUAUCUAAAUGCAGGAUGUUUUCAUGCAGGAAUGCAGGAAGAAGUUCAGUUCUUUUGCUGCUAGAAUAUAUUUUAGGGGCAAAUGCACCAACAGGGCUUUGAAAAGAGUUGUCUUUUGAUUCAAAGUCAGUUGCACUUGCAGUCUUGUGAUAAUAUGGCAUUAUAUAUGACUCACUUUCCAUUGCAAAGUCUUAACAAUGCAGUGUAACAUAAACAGAGAUGCAGUUUAAGAUUGGACCAGACGUUGUGUCAUGGACUGGCCAUGUUUUUGCUGUAGCUCAUGAUGGUUUUUAGUUUGUCUCCUUAACAGAUUAUUAUUGACUUAACAUGGGUUUCAUGUGCAGGUUUGACACCUGAAUAAAAGACAUACGCUGCUUAAGAUUAUUUUUCAGGAGUAGAUAUAGGUUUGUUUGUAGCUUUUUCAAGUCUUGGCUUGCUUUUUGACCAAACCAGUUCUGGUCAUUUGUUGUAUAACAAGGCCUAACUUUGCAAUAGGUGUCAAUUUGGCAAGCAUAAAAUGAGCAGCGAUUCACAACCGAGUGGAUCAAAAUGUACCUGUGAGUGGUGAAAAUUGUGCAAUAGCAAUAGAUGUUACUGUCACGUUUAGAAGUUGUUUCUACCUUAGUGUAAAGCCAUGCUUUGGCCCUGUUGGUGCUGCCAGCCUGUAGACAGUGAGAUACUGAGCAGGUACGAGGAGUUUUUUUAGUCAGGAAGGUGUAUAGGACACUUCUUGCUAGUUCAGUUCGGAUAAACAGGUUGGUUUAAUAUGGUUGAUCUGUUAAGUUUUAAUCGGGGAGUCAUUGUGUUGUGAAAUAUGUCGUAGAUAUUAAUGAAUUAUAUUCCAGUCUCUCCAUGUUGGAUUAUGGUACAGAAAACAAGCUUGGUUCUUGAUUUUGAUUGUCUGCGGCAAGUAUGUCAAAAGCUUCGAGAUGACUGAAAGUUUAGUUGUGAUGACUGACUCCACAGCAAUCACUGUGGCACGUCACCUUUGACCUCUAGCCACGCGGUGAGCCCCCAGACCACGUUGCAAGUCUGCCAUCUCUUCAUCCAUCCUCUUUUUUGUUGUCUCGUUCACUCUGCCUUUGUGCCACACUUUCGCAAAGACACCCAGUUUCUCCUCGUCCGAUUGCCGAAUCACUGGAAAUCCUUGUGUCAUUGUUCUGUCUGCUCUGUGACUGGACUCCUGUUGUGGAGAAGCUUCCUGUUUGAAACUGAACAGGGUAAGGACUAGACGUCCUGGACCAGUCUGACCCGGUCUCAGCAUCGGACCGGCUCUAUCUGGUUUGGACUGCUGAGAUCUGUAUCUGUUCGAUGUCCAUUAAGACCUCUGUGCACUCAUGUUGACUUGAAUCAGCUGCAUCCUAUGGCUCUGUGGGUUUGUACCCAUGUUUGGCCACCGGAAGGCGCCAAUGUCUUAAAUGUGAACACUUCGAUUUGUGUAUAUUUGCACAGGUACUUAAUUUAUUUUCUAGAAUAAUUAUCUUGGGAGAAAAAAAAAAUACGUGGUUUAUAUCAGUCAGACUCUGGCUGUAUAUAAAGAUUAUGAUACUGAUGAUAAUAUUGUGAGUAUAGUAUAUACAGUAUCUUAGAACUCCAGGUUAAAUCAUAGCUAGAGCAGAGACCCUCUGCUAGCUCUCCAGACGUUUCUAUGUGUGCUGAAGUGAAACACUAACCUGCAAUCCUGCAUGAUUCAGAGCAAGGAUGGAGAAAGAUAGAAGACAAAUGUGAAAUAACAGAACGGGCGAAAGAAUUCGAGGGAGAGAGAGCGUGUAUGCGUGUGCAUGUAUGUGUGAAUGUGUGCGUCUGUGUAUUGCGCUACUCUGUUGCCCUGCCUCCCUCUCUCUGCUGGUAAGAAAAUGUUUGUGUGAGAGGAUUAGGGCAGACUUUUGCUCUGGCAGCCAUACUUGACCUGGAGUGAAAGUGUGUCGGUAUGAAUGAGAUUUUUAAUGUCCAUGGCAUUAAAAAAAGAGAGUAUUAGUGAGAAUCGUGGGUCGGCCGCGUCACAUCUGAAUGGUAAAUCCCUCCAGUUCAGUGUUGUGCUGUCUGUGACGUAAACUGUCUGCUAUGACAUUGGGUUUCUCAUGAUGCAUUUAGCUAAUAUGCAAUAUGACGAGAGAAGUCAGGUGGACAAACUAUAUAUAUGAGAGAGAGCAAAGAGAGAGACAGAGAGAUUCAAACCUUGAUGCUGUUUGCAGAAAGUCUUUUUUUCCCCCCAGAGGUCUUUGCACCUCUGGCCAAAUAUUAAAAUGGAAACAAAAGAUCUUGAGAGAAAUAAACUUCACUGAUGUUGG